GCAAAAGGCAACUUUUAAUGUGCUGCUUCCAAUUUUAAGAAGCAGUGAAGUUAACAAAUCGAGGAAGAAGAGUGCACAUGUAUAACUUUUGUUACUUUUACGGUGCAAGCUUAUGGCAGUAAAUUGACAAAUUGACUGCUCUGAUAUGGAAUGUCAAAACACGAAAUUCAGACUGGUUCAGGACCAAAGCCUUUGUGUUCCCUAGGACAUUCUCCUUUAACGAUUGCAUCCGUUGCAUCUAAGCCUCCUGUGUAAGGCCAAGGACGUUUUCCCGCCAAAACGGACUUGUUCUUACCUACCACCCCUAUAUUACCGUGCCUCUUCUACAGCCACAUUCUGCGAAGAGAGAGAGACACAUAGAGAAACUGUGUGAGCGGUUUCACUCCGAAUAGAUGAAGAACACAUCCAAAGUGAUUAUGGGUGCAACCUUGGUGAUGGUGGUAACCCUUGCAGUGGUCCUAGUCCUUAUAUUUGUGCUGUUAGCCGAGCUCUAUUGUUCUCUCUUACUCCGCCGGCGCCACCGUAGAAACAACACCAUUCCCAAUGUCAGUACUCAACCCACAACAGCCAGAGCUAGUGCUUCACCUUCUCAGACAACCUCACACCACCAACAACAGUCUCCAAUCAGCAGCAUUUAUGCACAAGGAGUCUUCCAAGCUCCAAUAAGCAUCCUUCUCCCCGCAGUUUCUUGCGAAGAAGACAAAGCUGGGCCAAGAAAGCAGAUUCACUAUCCUGAACUCCAUCAGGUUGUUCAAGUCCAAAUCCAACCCCGUGAAUCCAAUCCGAAUCCAAGCCCUUCCCCACCUCCAUCCUUCGUAUCCAUGACACCCUCAAAACCAAAUCUCGAACACCCACUUCCUCGUACCACGGGAAAUCUUUGUCAUGAUGAUAAACCUUGCAGCGGCUUAGAACACCUUGUGUACAUUUCCAACCCCAUUUAUGAAAACCACGAGAGCCAAGGGAGCGGAGCAAAUACCCCAUUUGAGACACCAGACACUUCGCCUUCACGUUUGGAAGGAAGUGGCUCUUCUGAGGAGGAUGAGGCAACCCCUUCUGUCACCCACUCACCUCCAUCUACCCCUCCUUUGACUCCAAUGAAGAAGCUCCCUUCAGAGGCUUGUUCCGUUUCUCUAAGAGAUGCAAGGUCCUUGGCCACUUCAUGCAGCGAUUCCCGUAGCAACAUUGGCCUCUCUUCAUCCUCCGCCUCCCCUUGUACUUCUCCUUCAUGGUAACUGUGAUUCUUCUUCCAUGCUGAGGUCAGAUUGCACGCGUAAAGCUUCUGUUAUUGGUGGAGGGUAGUUUUGUGAAUAAGGCAAUGGUGGAAGAACAAAAGUAGUAACUGCAGUUUAGCAGCAUGAGAAAAGAAGCUAUGAGUAGUUUCUUUUUGCAGGUGCGGUUAUCAUAGCGCCUGUUUUAGUAAAUAGUAACACUCAUGGCUACUCAACUUCAUUACUAUUUAACUUUGUUUAUGUAGGCAUUCUGCUAGCUUGUUACUUUUGGGGCAUGCACGGUCCUUGUUUCCAUUGACAUGGUACUCACUGCUUGUUUUUUCUUGGAAACUUUCUGGAUUUCUCAAUGGGAAAAUUUAUAUUAUCGAGUAAUUUAAUCUGUUAUCGCAAGAAGUGAAAUGAAAACGUUUCUAUCUCGAAUUUUUAUGACCCCUGGUUGUGAUUCCGAUGCAUGAUAUAAUAAUGUAUAGAAGGGUAAACCCACAAAUUAGCUGUCACCUGCUGCAGCUACGAUCUGCGAGCACAGCCUUUAGCUUUUUGUUCAUUUCGAUAAGGACGACAACAUUGCUCUGCUGCAAUGCAACUCCUUUAGGCAAGAAGCUUCAGCUUUCCCCCUGAUUUCUAUUAAGUUAUUUGAUUUCAGCGGUUGAGAGAUAAUGAAAGAUACACGAUUUUGUUGGGAAAUUGAGAGCAUGUGGACUGCAGUAAUGGAUGCUCACU